AUGUUGCAGGAGGACUUGGAGCCAGAGCUGUUGAGAGGCGUCCCGCUGCAGGUUGCAUUGGCUGGCUGGGCACAGCAUUGGGCGUCUGCAAGCAGUGGCCGCUUCGGAUCGGAGGCUAUCUGCUAUCAGCUGAGUGUCCCGUGCGAGAGUUUCGGCUAUUUCCUCAGUCAUGACUGGGAGACUUCUCGCUUCCAGAAGCUUUUGUGUUUGCUGAUUGUCUUCAACUCCCGCGCUGCACUGAUUGCCUCCUUCGCGACCAGUGCUUGUGUCGGCCUGCUCGAGGUCCUGAUCGGUCUCCCGAUGAACCUUUGGACUCCCGGCCUGGGUUUCUUGGCCUACUUCCUGGUCCUCGCUUUCUGGCAGCGCCUUCGGAAGGUCUUCCGCGAGGCGCAGAUCGUCUUCCUGGACAAGCUCUGCAUUGCGCAGCAUGACGCGGUCAAGAAGGAGAAAGGUAUCCUCGGGUUGGCAGGUUUUCUGCAUCGCUCGGACAGGCUGCUCGUGCUGUGGUCACCGAGAUACUUUACCAGACUUUGGUGCGCUUACGAGCUUGCCACUUUCAUGAAGGAUCACAACCGGGCAAAGUCCAUUCUCGUUAUGCCGGUGAAGACUGCCAGCCUCUUCUUCCUUUAUUCGGCAAGCUGGCAUCUGCUGACUUACUGCUACUACAUCGUCGAUGAUGCGGCUGACGGCCGCUCCAUUCUGCAGCAGACCAUCCUCGUGGGGCCUGUGUUCGUAGCAAUUUGCGCGGUGGUGAUGCCGUCAGUGUAUGCGCUUGGAAUUGGGAUGAUGAAGGAUGUCGAGGAGUUGCCGGCUCAGCUCCGUAGCUUUGACGUGCGGAAGGUCGCCUGCUCCUGUUGUGCCUUCGAAGACCACCUUCAUCCUGAGACUGGUCGAAGGGUUCCAUGUGAUCGGAAGCUGGUGCUCCGCAUGCUGCGGAAGUGGUACAGUUGCUCCACCGAGGACGAGGGCUAUCUUGAGCAGUUCAAUUACUUGGUUCGCACGGAGCUUGCGCCCCGGAUUCUACGUCAUGUUGGCAGCGACACG